AUAUACAUGUGAGCUUCCGUUCACCUAUAUGCAUUUAUAUACGUCGACGAUCUCCAAAAUCAUUUCUGUAUCCCAAUUGCAUCUGUUGUGAUACUUUGGCUAUUCUGUGCUGGCAAUCAUGCAGACUAUCCGUGCUCUCUUGCUGCUCCUCGCUGCGUCGGUGGUGACAGCCGCCCAGAACCCGCACGAGAAGGCUGCAAAGUAUGUGCAGAAGAGAUCAGCGGAACCCAUGGUAUCAAAACAUGCAUCGCGUGCGGCGAACUCUGCUCACUUCCUGAACAAGAAAACUGCCAAAUUCGCCGUCAAUGGCUCUGCAUUGCCAGAGGUGGACUUCAAUAUUGGGGAGUCGUAUGCGGGCACCCUGCCGAUUUCCAGCAAGAAAGAUGACGAAAACAGAUUGUGGUUCUGGUUCUUUCCGUCUUCGAACCCAGCGGCGAAGAAGGAGAUCACAAUUUGGCUCAACGGUGGUCCAGGCUGCAGCUCCUUGGACGGCCUGUUCCAGGAAAAUGGGCCUUUCCUAUGGCAGCCCGGAACCUAUGCGCCAUUCGCAAACCCAUACUCAUGGGUUAACCUUACCAAUAUGAUAUACAUCGAUCAGCCAGUCAGCACGGGUUUCUCACCCGGCAGUAUUCUCGUUGACGACGAGAACGAUGUUGCAGAGCAAUUCAUGGGUUUCUGGAAGAACUUCAUUGAUACCUUUUCUAUGCAAGGAUACAAAAUAUAUAUCACGGGAGAAAGUUACGCUGGGCAGUAUAUCCCAUAUAUUGCGAGCGGUAUGCUGGAUACGAAGGACGAGAAGUACUUCAAUGUGAAGGGUGUUCAGAUUAAUGACCCUUCCAUCAACACAGACGACGUCCUGCUCCACGCACCUAUUGUGCCUGCGCUGAAUUACUUCAACAAUGUGAUCAACUUGAACGAGAGCUUCAUUGCAAACAUCACAGCUCGCGCAGAUAGCUGUGGAUACACUGAUUUCUUCAACAAGUGGACCACGGAGUUCCCGCCAUCUAGCAAAAUCCCCGCCGCUCCCAGCUGGAAGGAGCCCGGCUGUGAUAUCUUCGAUGAGGUCUACAACGCGGCAUACUAUGAAAAUCCCUGCUUCAACAUAUACCACUUGACAGAUUACUGCCCAUAUCAGUGGAACUUGCUCGGUUUCCCAUCUAUGGCCGGAGGACCAAAUAACUACUUCAACCGCACUGACGUACAGAAAGCCAUCAACGCGCCACCAACAAACUACAUGGUCUGUGGAGGUGGCGACAACCUCUUCCCUCACGGUGACAAGUCAAUCGAGUCCAGUCUCGGCCCACUCCCAAGCGUCAUUGAGCGCACGAACAACACAAUCAUCGGCCACGGCAUGCUCGACUUCCUCCUCUUCGCCAACGGGUCCCUUAUCUCCAUCCAGAACAUGACCUGGAACGGCGCCCAGGGUUUCCAGACGUCGCCCUUCAAGGAGCAGAACUUCUAUGUGCCGUACCACCAAACCAACGGCGAGAUCCUCCAGUACGCCAACGGUAUUGAGACACAUGUGUUCACUGAUACGGCAGGUGGUGGUUUCCAGGGUGUGACGCACACAGAGAGAGGUCUGACGUUCGUCACGGUCAAUUUGGCGGGGCACAUGAUCCCUCAAUAUGUGCCAGGAGCUGCAUAUCGGCAGUUGGAGUUCUUACUGGGUAGAGUGAGCAGUUUGGAGCAGAGGGGAGAUUUCACGACCGGGCCGCAAGGUCAUUAUACGGGGAAUACGUGAUAAUACAAGGGAUGCUUUCCAGACGUCACCAGCGUUGUUGGACAAUUGAAAAUAUACAUGCUAUAAUAUAGUAAUAUGACUACCACAGCAUAUAUAAAUUAUGUGGCAAGCUGAGAUGCGAAUGUAGCUGCUACAGUCGCCUUUCUGUCUACCCUUGGGAACCGUGGUGGGUUCGUGAUAAAUUUAUCUGGGUUCUGGAUCGCCCCCGGUUGCCAGAAUUCGUACUCCAUCCAUCCCUUCUCCUACAAAGUGUCAGUACAGUGGUAAAUUUAUGAGGAAUACGCAAAACUUACAGUCAUCUGCUCAUCCAAUGCCUCAAUAUACUCACCCAGCUCAGGCUGCAAUGGAAUAACCCCAUUUUCAAGCACAUAGUUGUCCCAAAGCACGAGCAGCUCCUGUAAUAACUUCGGGUUCUCGUCCGCGAGAUCGUUUACCUCUCCAGGGUCAGUUUUGAGAUUGUAUAACUGCCACUUCUCGGUUCCCUUCGGCUUAGGGAUGAAGACUGCCUUCCAGUCUCCUCUGCGGAUGGCGCCGCGUCCGAGGAGUUCCCAAC